UUAAUAGAACCAUAUUCCAAUUUACAUAAUUAGUAUCCGAUUUAAUAAUUUAUUAUAGUUAAUUACAUCAUCAUUACAUAGACUGCACUACUAGGAUCAAAGGCAAAACUUUUGCAAUUAUUUAAAUAAACUCAGUACAGUAGAUGUUAUUUAUAUUCCUGCUGUUUAAUUAGUGGCUGCUGCUUUAUAUAUUUUAAAAUUAAAAUAUAUUAUAAAUCUACGCUCACAGUUUUAAAAUAGUUGCUACCUAACAACACCAUGUUAAAAAUCAAAAUCGGGAAAAUACACUUUUCACCCCUCAAAUUUGCACUAAUUUCACAUUUGACCCCUCAUAUUUACAAAAAAUACAUUUGAUCCUCAUGUUUCAAAAAUUCAACACUUUUAGUCAUUUCCGUCAAUUUUCCGUUAUUACUAACAGAAUCAAGCAUGUGCCCGUCACUGCGAGUUAACUGCAAAAUGACAGAAAUGACUAUAAGUAUUAAAUUAUUGAAACAUGAGGGACCAAAUAUUUUUUUUUGAACAUGGGGGACCAAAUAUGGAAUUAGUGCAAAUUUGAGGGGUGAAAAGUGUAAUUUUCCAGAUCAAAAUCCCACCAAUCUUGAAUUUCAUUUCUAUAAAAAAAGAAAACCAGACAAAGCUGUGUGUUCUGCUCUGUUCCUGUAAUGGCGAUUUACCUCGUACUAUUCUUCUUCUCACUCACACUCUUAUCAAGCCAAGCUUCAUCUCAAACGGAUGAAUUCACCUAUUCCGGAUUUUCCGAUCCAAAAACCAACCUAACAUUAAACGGCGUCGCUCUGAUCGACAACGACGGCAUUCUCCGGCUGACAAACGAGACCAGCCGGCAAUUAGGCCACGCAUUCUACGCAUCGCCGAUCCAGUUCAAGAACUCGACCACCGGCGCCGUCUCCUCCUUCUCCACCUGCUUCGUCAUCUCCAUCCACCCGGAGUACCCGAGGCUCGGCGGCCACGGCCUCGCCUUCACGGUGGCGCCGACCAAAGAGCUGAAAUCCGCCCUCCCCAGCCAGUACCUCGGCCUCCUCAACUCCAGCAACGGCGGCAACUCCUCCAACCACAUCUUCGCCGUCGAGUUCGACACCGUCCAGGACUUCGAGUUCGGCGACAUCAACGACAACCACGUCGGCAUCGACAUCAACAGCCUGAACUCCAACGUAUCCGCCGCCGCCGCCUAUUUCUCCGGCGACGACGGCUCUGUGAAGAACGACCUCAAUCUCAAAGGCGGCAAACCCAUCGUCGCGUGGGUGGAGUAUGAUUCCGCCACGAAUCUCGUCAACGUCACUCUUUCUCUCUCUUCGACGAAACCCAGAAUCCCUGUCUUAUCUUUACAAGUAGAUCUCUCCCCAAUUUUUCAAGAAAAUAUGUUCAUCGGAUUCUCUGCUUCAACUGGUUUGCUCGCGAGCUCACACUACAUUCUCGGAUGGAGCUUCAAAAUGAACGGUGAAACCAAAUCGUUAGAUUUGGGUUCUCUCCCCUCAGUUCCAGGUAUCAAGAAGAAACACACGCGCCUAAUUACAACCAUCUCCAUUACAGCAAUUUGUUUCAUACUAGGAUCAAUACUACUCGCUGUUUUCGUAAUUAAAAAAAUCAAGAACAGAGAAGUAAUUGAAUCUUGGGAGCUGGAAAUCGUGCCCCAUAGAUACAAAUACCAAGAGCUCAAACGCGCCACAAAAAGCUUCAAAGACAGCGAGCUACUCGGUACCGGAGGCUUCGGCCGUGUCUACAGAGGCACACUCGGCCGAAACCCCGAAACCCAAGUCGCAGUCAAACGCAUCUCACACGAGUCCAACCAAGGUGUUCGAGAAUUUGUCUCAGAGAUCUCCACCAUAGGCAGGCUCCGCCACCGCAACCUAGUUCAGCUACACGGGUGGUGCAGGCGUGGUGCCGACCUUCUCCUCGUCUACGAUUUCAUGCCCAACGGAAGUUUGGAUAAGUUCUUGUUCGAAGAAACACAGCCCACAUUGAAUUGGGAACAAAGGUUCAAGAUUAUUAAAGGUGUUGCUUCCGGACUUUUAUACUUACACGAAGGCUACGAACAAAUAGUCAUCCACCGAGAUGUCAAAGCUAGCAACGUGCUCCUCGACGGAGAAAUGAACGGCCGGUUAGGAGAUUUCGGACUCGCGAAGCUAUACGAUCACGGGUCGAACCCGGGUACAACCCGGGUCGUUGGUACGUUGGGUUACUUGGCUCCGGAGCUUCCACGAACCGGGCGUGCCACGACGGGGUCCGACGUGUUUGCAUUCGGUGCACUAUUGCUCGAAGUUGCAUGCGGCCGUAGGCCUAUUGAAUCGAAAGCGGGGCCGGAUGACUUGGUUUUGGUGGAUUACGUGUGGAAUAAGUGGAAAGAGGGAUCGGUUCUUGAUUGCGUGGACGGAAGAAUGAAGGGAGAUUUUGACGAGAACGAGGUUUUGAUGGUGUUGAAAUUAGGGCUGAUGUGUUCGAGUAACGAGCAGAAAGGGAGGCCUAGUAUGAGGCAGAUUGUGAGUUAUUUGGACGGUGAGAUUGAAAUGCCGGAGGUUUUGCGGGCGCCGGGUACUUUUAGGGAGGACGGUGGGUUCGAGGAUUAUUUGCAUUCGUAUGCUUCUUCGUCGUUUGAGAAAACGAGUUCGUCCGUACGCACUGUUGACUCGAUUUCGUCGCCUGUUACGCAUCUCCUUCAUAGUAUAGGGGAAGCUAGAUAGAUAGAUAGUAGUGUUCAUGCAUGGUGAGUUUCUUGAUGAAUUUUCAACUUAAUUAGUGAUUGUUGUGUUAAGUGUUUAUGAUUAUUAAUUAGUAUUAUCAAAUAGUAUAACAAAUUAAAGUUGGUGGUUGUGUUAAUUAGUAUGAAGCAUGUGAAUAUCAAUCCAAACAAAAUGAAGGAUUUGAUAUGCAUGAUUCGUUUUUAAAGAUGUAAUAGCACAUGGGAAAUACAAAGCUUGUCAGCAAAAA